UCUUACUACUGACAUGUGGUCUGAAACAAUGACGAUGAGAAGUUUUUAGGAAUAACUGCACAUUUCGGUAUUGGCAAUGAACUAUUUUCAAUUACUCUUGGAGUGUACCAGUCAAAUGAACGUCAUACUUCAGAACAUAUCGCUGAAAUGCUGCUAAAAACUUGUAGUGAAUGGGGUAUUGCUAGUGAUAAAGUUUCGGCUGUAGUGACAGACAAUGCAGCCAAUAUGGUAAAGGCCGUCGAUCUGGCUUUUGGAAAAAGACAUAUGCCAUGUUUUGCCCAUAUUUUGAAUCUAGUGGCACAAAAUUCUAUGCAACAGUGUACAGAACUGCAAAGCUUGAUAAUUAAAGUCAAAAAUAUUGUAACAUGGUUCAAACAGAGCAAUAUAGCUAGUAAUGAAUUACGUAAAGCCACUCAGAAAGAGACUAAAUUGAUUCAAGAAGUCCCAACUAGAUGGAAUAGUACAUAUUACAUGAUAGAAAGAUUUUUGGAGCUUCGUACCAUCGUUAAUGACAUAAUCAUUCGUCACAAAAAUGCACCACCGAUGCUUACUGCGUCAGAAUUAUCAAUUCUUUGUUCAGUAUUACAAGUUCUGCGGCCAAUCGAAGCUGCAACUAAAGAAGUGUCGGGUGAUAAGUAUUGUACUAGCAGUAAGGUAAUACCACUGAUCCACUGCCUUCUUUUAAAAAUUAAGCCUCUUAAACUCGAAGAACCUCUUGCCAAAGAAUUGCAGUCGCUGAUACUUAAAGAGAUUGACAAGAGAAUGGGUGUUAUAGAGAAAGUAACUCCGCUCGCUAUAGCUACGAUAUUAGAUCCGAGGUUUAAAAAAAUGCAUUUUACAGACUUAGCUGCUUGCUCUUUGGCUGUAGCAAAAGUCAAAGAAUUAAUGAAAACUACGAUACAAAAUGAGGUCGUGGAAUCUGAUUCUUUAGAUCAUUCUGAUAAACCUGAAGAUAACUUUUCUUUGUGGGAAGAUCACCACAAAUUAGUCCACAAGAGCUGGAAAACGGCAAAGUCCGACGAUGCAAUUUCUGACGAGCUCUCUAUAUACUUGCGUAGUCCUGUAGGGAGACUCAAUGAAAACCCAUUGGACAUUUGGAAUGAUCUGAAAAUCCAGCUUCCUAAGCUACACAUCAUAGCUUACAAAUACUUGACUAUGGUGGGAACUUCAGUACCAUCUGAGCGUUUAUUUUCUAAAGCAGCACAAAUCGUUAAUCAGCAACGAAAUAGGCUGAAAGGGCAACGUUUAAAUAAGCUUUUGUUUUUGCAAAGUCUUCCAAAAGAACACUGGAUAUAGCCUAUAUCCAGUGUUAUUUUGGAAAACCUUAACCUAUAUGUUUGUACUUUGAAAAUAAAUAAGUUUUUAAAUUGCCUUGUUUUUUUCAUUAACAACUGAAUCAGCGAAGGUUUGCAUUAAAGGUCUCUUUUUUAGUUUCGUUCUUUGGAUUAACACACAACAGGCGGGCAGACAAGAAAAUUGCUGUUGUAGAAGUAAUAGGUAGUUAAAAAUUGUGUUUUUUUAUAGCGUGUCAGGGGCUGACUAAUGCUCUGUGGUGCAAUGUUUGAAAAAGAACUCGAUUUUGAGAAAACAUCGAUGUUUCUAACCGAUAAAUCGGAUAAUAUCGAUGCAUAACCUCGAUGCAUUGCAUCGAAAGAAAACAUCGGUAUA